AUGGGGAUUGCGUUUAUCCACGAGGUCCUGUGUGUCAUUGGGAUGGGUGACAUCUGCAGUGAAAUAUUGUAUGAUGAGGGCGGAACCAAGGAGGAGUCCAUCAAAACCAGUGACAUGAUCUCCUACCAGGACACCAACUCUAUUCCAGCUGAAGAGCGCCUGUCCAUCUGUCUGUGGUUUCUUGCCACUGGGGACUCCUACAGGACCAUUGCGGGGAGCUUCAGAGCGGGCAUAUCCACCGUCUCCAUGCUCAUCCCAGAUGUGGUGGCAGCCAUCUGGGACUGCCUCGUGGAGGAGUUCCUGCCUGGAGCAAGGAGUGGAGUUGCACCACUCCAAACAAUAAAAGUGUCUGCUGUUUGGGAGCUGUUGGGGCCCUUCCCCAAAACUACUGAUGGCUAUCAGUACAUAUUUACAGCCACGGAUUAUUUUUCAAACUCAAUGUUGUCCCAAUCGCUUGCCCCAGCCCUCCUGCGGGAUCAGAUCGGCCUAUAUAAGAGUGUUCCAUUACCACACUCUCGCAUGUGUUUGGAGCCCUGGGACGUACUGGAGACACAGGCAUAA